AUGAGUGACAACAAAGCAGUCAAGAGUCCUGAUUUAAUUAAGAUUCAGAGUCCAGACAAUGAAUAUAAAAAGAAACUAAACAGAAUUAAAUCAAAAAUAUGCUAUUACAAAAAGAAGCCACAAUGUGGUGGGGUUGAAAACGAUAAAGAGAGGAAAGAAAUAAUCGAAAAAUUAGAAACUUACCGUUCAAUCCUUAAACUGAGUGAAGCAAAAAUAAAAGAAUUUAAUAAAAUAAAUAAAUUGAUUGGAAGAGAUGAAUUUAAUAAAGAUGAAUUUUUAAACUCAAUCCAAAUUUAA